CCUCCCGCAGCGGGCGCCGGUUUUGAGUGACUUUUGGCCCCUUGCGGCACCUGUAGCGUCCCUAGUUACCGGACCCCUAGUAACCACCUCCCCAAGCAAGGAGCCAUCGGGCGCCUGCUGCCGCGCCGGCUUCCACGCCCCGGGCCAGCGCGGGCGCUCAGGCCUCGGUGGCGUGGUGAUGGCCGCCUCGCACCGAGCAGCGAAGCUGGCGGCCAGCAGUCUCCAAACCCCGGUCAAUCCCAGCACCGGAGCGCGGGUCACCCAUUACGAACGCAAAGACCCCGUAGAGUCCCUGUCGGCGGCGGCAGCGGCCUUGGAGGAGGAGGAAGAGGAGGAGGAAGAGGCGGCGGGGCUGGCGCGGGCGCCGGCUGAUUUUAACACCAACAUUUCUGGGGUAAAUGAACAAAAACGUAUAAGCUGUGAGGAUUUUGUGGACCUUUCUGAUAUUUACCACUCUAAUGAAGAGUACUUCAGGAAACUAGAAGAGCUGAAGGCAGCCCACAUGGAAACUAUGGCAAAGUUAGAGAAAAUGUACCAGAAUAAAUUAAAUUUAAAGGAAGUUCAGCUAGCGAUCACCAUGGAAGAAGCUGCUAGUGUCUCUUCCAGGUCUGUAUCAGAAAAGAGCUCCCAUCAUCCUGUUUCAUUAAUGACAUCAAUUUCAGAGCCUGAUUUAGGUCAGUCUUCCUCCUUGAUUGUGUCUUCCUCUGAAGAUGAGUUGCCCAACGUAGAAAAAGAGUAUUCUGAGAAAAGCAGAAUGAUGACCUAUGCUAAGGAGCUCAUCAACAACAUGUGGACAAACUUCUCUGUUGAAGAUUAUAUUCAGUUUGAAGAUGCUGACUUGCCAGCACUCGAAAAAAAAAAAAAGAAGCCAAAAGAAUGGGUGCCAAAGAUUACAGUACCUGAGCCUUUUCAAAUGAUGAUUAGAGAGCAGAAGAAAAAAGAAGAGAACAUGAAAUCUAAAUCAGAUAUUGAAAUGGCACGCAAACUGCUCAAGAAACAAGAAGAAGAAUCAGAGUGUAAGAAAAAAUUCCGAGCCAACCCAGUUCCUGCGUUCGUCUUUCUCCCCCUUUAUCAUGAUAUAGUCAAGCAAAAUGAAGAACGGAGGAGGUCUAUGAAGGAGAAAAACAAAGAAGCUCUUUUGGCCUCGCAAAAGCCGUUUAAGUUUAUUGCAAGGGAGGAACAGAAGCAAAUUCGGGAAAAGCAGCUGAAAGACUUUUUUAAGUCUAAAAAGAAAACAAACCAAUUUAAAGCCAGACCGAUACCUCGAUCUACUUAUGGUUCAACUGUCAAUGACAAGUUAACAGAAGAAGAACUCUAUAGAAACAUUAGGACGCAGCAGAGAACCCAAGACUUUUUACAGAAUUCAUCCCCUCUGCCUUGUAGUCCAGCUCGCAGAAGUUAUGCUACAAGGAAGCCCAAGUGUCCUGAACAGGCUGAAAAGUCCAAGUGUAAACACAAGGUUAGGUGCCAGACUGCUGAUACUGAAGACCUUCCUGAGAGAUAUCAGAAACAUCACUCAGAACAGAAGUGUCCAAAACCCCUGACAGUCUGUGAACCAUCUGACCUUCAUGCAGCCUCACAUGCAUCCACUGAAAGAGAGAAAAUCUUGGCAGAUAUUGAAGCAGAUGAAGAAAAUUUAAAAGAAACACGUUGGCCUUAUCUGUCUCCAAGGCGCAGGUCACCAGUAAGAAGUAGAAAUGCAAAACCUGUGCCUUGUAGCUGCAACCCUCCCAUGCCCACGGUGUCCUCCAGGGGAAGAGAACAAGCCACAAGGAGAUCACUUGAGGAAAAGAAAAUGUUGGAAGAAGAGAGAAAUCGGAUCCUAACUAAGCAGAAGCAAAGAAUGAAAGAAUUGCAGAAACUCUUGACAACCCGGGCUAAGGCUUAUGACUCACAUCAGAGUUUAGCUCAAAUGUCUAAAUCCAGAGUAAAAUCUCUCAGAAAGAGUGAAAAAGAAAGGAUGAGAGAAUACCGACGAGAACUAGAAGAAAGAGAAGAAAAAUUAAAAAACAGGCCGCUGCUAUUUGAAAGAGUUGCUCAGAAAAAUGCAAGAAUGGCAGCAGAAAAGCAUUAUUCUAACACCUUAAAAGCACUAGGAAUAUCUGAUGAGUUUGUUUCAAAGAAAGGCCAAAGUGGAAAAAUAUUUGAGUACUUCAGCAAUCAAGAGAUGAAAAGUUUCACUGAAGAUAAAGAAAGCUUUAAUGAAGAAAAAAUAGAAGAAAGAGAGAAUGGGGAAGAAAAUUAUCUUACUGAUACCAACAGCCAAGAUUCUUGCAAGGAAACAGGUAAAGCUGAUGAAGAGAGUGGAGAAGAGAAUUGUGUUGAAGAAUAA